AUGAACCGCCUGCCCAGCAUCCCCUCCCGUCCGGCACCUCCUCAACCAUUUACCUCUUACAGUCCCUACCAGAGAUCCAACGUUGCACCGUCGCGGCCAGAGAUCGUGCCCCCAGCUCAACCCCGCCGCCCAAGGGAUCCUGACGGAAGCCAAAGUAAUGCGCAACAACUCCCAAGUUUGCGAACCCUCUUGGAGCCUGAGUUAUUGGACAACAAACUGCCUGACCCAUCCCCGCGACCAGGUGGUGGUCAUCUCCCCCACAGUAGCACCGUGCGGUAUGGAUCAUCGAGCCCAACCUUAAAAAGACGGCAUGAUUUCGAUGGUUACAGCCACGCCCACCAUGAAAGUAAUGCUAUCGCUUCACGAGCGCCACCUGUACUCCGUCAUGCCAGUAAUAGCACUACAGCGGACGUACAAUCGCAGUCCUACUCGCCCUCAAGCUCUGCACCUGGUUCUCGGCCGUCUGAAUUCCAUCGCCAUGCAAGCCUUGGUCGUCCACCACAUCAUGAAUCGGUCGGUAUGAUGAAUCGACAGCCAUCUACAGCCUCUGCUAUGAGUGCGUCCUCCGACCCGGUAGGCACUUAUACAAUCCAGUCUGCGCACGAUGACCCUAUGGAUAUUGUGAAGGGACCGGCGAGGAGACGCACAGAGGGCUCUUCUCGCGCUCCAAUUCGAGCAUCACGGUGUAUGGGGCAGCGUGAGAUUCCUGGAGAGGGUCUAUGCUAUGUCUACGAAGAUGGAACAUACUGCCGUGCCGUUAUAGACGGUGAACCAGUCAACCCAUCCUGGGGCAUUACCAAGGCAGGCAAGCCACGAAAGCGACUUGCUCAAGCAUGCCUGACUUGUCGAGAAAAGAAGAUCAAGUGCGAGCCUGGGUAUCCAAAGUGCCACCAAUGUGCCAAAUCACAGAGGGCGUGUAGAGGUGGCCUCAACCAGGCAGGCAUGAGCAAUGCAACGGAGGAAACAUCACCGUCUUCUUCGGGAGCUCUAUUUAAGACCCAGUCGGCAGAACUUGUGAGCCCAGUGGCCGGCCCCGACAAACCCAGAGCUCUUGAAGAGCAUCGUGACCCUACAAGAACUGUUGAAGCUUGGAAUACUAGUUCACCACACAAGCUUCGCAACUUUCGUCCGAAUUCAGUUGCUACGUCAAGAGAUAUGUCAGUUCACUCGUUUGACUCAGACUGGAGCGGCUCUUUGAAUUUGAAUAAUCCAGAUCCGGAUGAACCCAGACGUGGCUCGCACCAGGACUAUCUGGCCAUCCAAUGGGAACAGGAUCCGUAUGAAACAGAUCCCCGGACGACCAUGCAUCUCCUGGACCUGUAUUUCCUGCACGCAGGACGCGCCACGUAUGGAAUGUUCCCUCGGAAACCUUUUCUGAAAUGGGUCGAAAACAACAGUCAUGAGAAGAGCCAGGAUCAGCUCAUGCUUCUAUACUCCGUUCUAGCGAUGGGUUCCGUCUUCUCCAGUGACCCGGGCAACCGGACGAUUGGGAGACGUUUUGCCGCAGUAGCUGCUCAUGCGACAGAGAAGCGGUUCGGCAAGUUCACACUCCAAUUGUGUCAGAGCAGGCUUAUGCUAGCCCUAUACAACUUUGCUAGAGGAAAGGCACAGGAGGCCUGGGACUUCUGUGGAGCCGGUUUGCGAGCCAUUAGCGCCUUGAAACUCAAUACCGAGGAGGGAGUCAAGGAGCUGCCCGAGGAUUCCGCCGACCUGGACUAUGGAUUCGAUCGCCGGACCCUAGAGGAAUGCUGCCGACGUACUUUCUGGUCCGGAUUUUUGAUGGAUCGCUAUAAUGGCUUCUGUGGAGGAACUCUUUGUGUUAUUAAUCCCGAGGAUACCUUCCUUCGCCUUCCUUGCCUAGAGUACGCCUAUGAGAACUCUGCUCCCACUGAUACCCCCUUCUUUGAUUUCGACCUGCUGAGUCACCAGACGCCUUCUUCUCCUGUUUCUCCUUCUGGACCGGCCCUGGGUCAUAUGGCUUAUUUAACUCUAAUAUCUGCGAUCUGGGGGGACGUGUUGACUUUUACGAGCCGGGCUGUCCAUCGACCGGACGACGGCUACGAACGACUUUACGAGGCUUUCUAUGCCAAAACAAACGAGCGGUUGGAAGUCUGGCAGACGAUGUUGCCGCCUAAUCUCCAGUACAGCCCACAGAAUCUCGAUAAUAGCAUCAUUGAGGGAUAUGCGGGCACUUUCCUUUCCAUCCACGCUCUCUACCAUACCACCAUGAUCAGACUCAACCGCCAUGUCCGCGUCCGUGCACUUUCCAUGGACAAAAUAUCCCGCAACAUCGACUGCGCUUUCCGGAACGCGUCUAUGUUCCUUUCCCUAAUGCACUCCCUAGCCCCGGUGAAGCGCCAACGCCGUCUCCCACCUAACUCCGCAUCCGAAUUUCUCUUCAGCACCCCAUUCCCUGGCUAUGCACUCAUGCUCUCCAUCGACGUCCUCUCAUCCGCUGGCACAGUCUCAACGCUACCGAAUCUAAUCGAGACACUCGGAACCACGAUCUCGUGUCUGGACGAGUUAGUGCAGUUCUGGGCAAGUGCACGCGCGCAGCAGAAAGCGGUUUCUGUGAGAGUUAAGCAGUUGACGGAGAUUGCGUUGAAUGAGGAGCAAGGGGUUAGGAAUGGCAGUUUUGGCCAUUUUUGGCGCACUGGCGAAAGUUUGGAGACGGCAUUUGCGGCGGAUGAUAUUUGUUAUCGGACUGAGGAUCAGGUGCUUUUUGAGAUUGUAGGGGAAUUGACGGGACGGUGA